AAGGUGGGGUCGAGGGGAACGGGAGCGGGAGUAUAGGGGUCCGGGCAGGCCCAGACCUUGAACAGGUGGGGAUCUGGCAAGAUGCUGGGAUGUAGACAGGGGGCUAGUGAUAGCAGAAAGGACUGGGAGGGUCGGGAUGCAGGUAUGAGAGGGUAAUCCCUGAGGCAGCCCGGAGGUGAGUGCCGUGAAGGCGUCCAUCUGCUGGGGCAUGAGGAACAAGGAGCUGCCCGGACGCAGCGGGUGGGCUGGGGCUGCAAGGCAAUGGGGCUAUGCUAUGAGGAGGGGGCGUGUGUGAGCUUGGAAAAUUUCCAAGAAAACCGAGGACAGGUGGGAGGCGAUGAAGGAGUCGCCCCAGGGUGCAGUUCCCAAUUUGGACCCCUCCGUGAGACCCCACCCCACCGCACCCCCACUCAGGGCUGCCUCCGAGCCUGUGGUUGUCAUGGAAACCCGUGCCCGGCUCUCCCAGGGGCGGUGCCAACCCUGCUCCCCCCCACCACUUCCUUCCCCCUCCCUCCCUGUCCCUCCCUCCUUUGUGUCAGCUGCGCCCCUGACCGGGAUGGCUGCGAAGAGAGGGACCAAGACGAGCAUGAAGAACAUGGAGAAGGAACUGCUGUGCCCAGUGUGUCAAGAGAUGUACAAGCAGCCACUAGUGCUGCCCUGUACCCACAACGUGUGCCAGGCCUGUGCCCGGGAGGUGCUGGGCCAGCAGGGCUACGUAGGCCAUGGUGGGGACCCCAGCUCCGAGCCCACCUCUCCUGCCUCCACCCCUUCCACCCGAAGUCCUCGCCUCUCCCGAAGAACCCUCCCCAAGCCAGAUCGUUUGGACCGGCUGCUUAAGUCAGGCUUUGGGACAUACCCCGGGCGGAAGCGAGGUGCUUUGCACCCCCAGGUAAUCAUGUUCCCGUGCCCAGCCUGCCAGGGCGAUGUGGAGCUUGGGGAGCGGGGCCUGGCAGGGCUGUUCCGGAAUCUGACCCUGGAGCGAGUGGUGGAGAGGUACCGCCAGAGUGUGAGUGUGGGUGGUGCCAUCCUGUGCCAACUGUGCAAGCCCCCGCCACUAGAAGCCACCAAGGGCUGCACCGAGUGCCGGGCCACCUUCUGCAAUGAGUGCUUCAAGCUUUUCCACCCCUGGGGCACCCAGAAGGCCCAGCAUGAGCCCACCCUGCCUACUCUCUCAUUCCGCCCCAAGGGCCUGAUGUGUCCAGACCACAAGGAAGAGGUGACCCACUACUGUAAGACGUGCCAACGGCUGGUAUGCCAACUCUGCCGAGUGCGGCGCACUCACAGCGGGCACAAGAUCACACCAGUACUCAGCGCCUACCAGGCCCUCAAGGACAAGCUGACAAAGAGCCUGACAUACAUCCUGGGAAACCAGGACACAGUACAGACCCAGAUCUGUGAGCUGGAGGAGACUGUGAGGCACACCGAGGUGAGUGGUCAGCAGGCCAAGGAGGAGGUGUCCCAGCUGGUACGGGGGCUGGGGGCUGUGCUGGAGGAGAAGCGGGCAUCACUGCUUCAGGCCAUUGAGGAAUGCCAGCAGGAGCGGCUGGCCCGUCUCAGCGCCCAGAUCCAGGAGCACCGGAGCCUGCUAGAUGGCUCAGGUCUGGUGGGCUACGCCCAGGAGGUUCUUAAGGAAACAGACCAGCCUUGCUUUGUGCAAGCAGCCAAGCAGCUGCACAACAGGAUUACCCGAGCUACGGAGGCCCUCCAGAUGUUCCGACCAGCUGCUAGCUCUUCCUUCCGCCAUUGCCAGCUGGACGUGGGGCGUGAGAUGAAGCUGCUGACAGAGCUUAACUUCCUGCGAGUGCCCGAGGCUCCUGUCAUUGAUACCCAGCGCACCUUUGCCUACGACCAGAUCUUCCUGUGCUGGCGGCUGCCCCCACACUCACCACCUGCCUGGCACUACACCAUUGAGUUCCGGCGCACGGAUGUGCCUGCCCAGCCGGGCCCCACCCGCUGGCAGCGGCGGGAGGAGGUGAGGGGCACCAGUGCCCUGCUCGAGAACCCUGACACUGGCUCUGUGUACGUGCUGCGUGUCCGUGGCUGCAACAAGGCCGGCUACGGCGAGUACAGUGAAGAUGUGCACCUGCACACGCCCCCAGCACCUGUGCUGCACUUCUUCCUCGAUGGCCGCUGGGGUACAAGCCGAGAGCGGCUGGCCAUCAGCAAGGACCAGCGAGCAGUGCGGAGUGUUCCAGGGCUGCCCCUGCUGCUGGCUGCUGAGCGGCUGCUGACUGGCUGCCACCUGAGCGUGGAUGUGGUCCUGGGCGAUGUGGCUGUGACCCAGGGCCGCAGCUACUGGGCCUGCGCCGUGGACCCAGCCUCCUACUUGGUCAAGGUGGGCGUUGGGCUGGAGAGCAAGCUUCAGGAAAGCUUCCAGGGCGCCCCUGAUGUGAUCAGCCCCAGGUAUGACCCGGACAGCGGACAUGAUAGCGGUGCUGAGGAUGCCACAGUGGAGGCGUUGCCACCCUUCGCUUUCCUAACCAUUGGCAUGGGCAAGAUCCUGCUGGGGUCCGGGGCCAACUCAAAUGCAGGGCUGACAGGGAGGGAUGGCCCUUCAGCGAGCUGCACAGUGCCCUUGCCGCCCCGCCUGGGCAUCUGCCUGGACUACGAGCGGGGCCGGGUUUCCUUCCUAGACGCCGUGUCCUUCCGCGGGCUCCUGGAGUGCCCCCUGGACUGCUCCGGGCCUGUGUGCCCUGCCUUUUGCUUCAUUGGGGGUGGGGCAGUACAGCUACAAGAGCCUGUGGGCACUAAGCCUGAGAGGAAGGUCACCAUUGGGGGCUUUGCCAAGCUGGACUGACCCUUUCAGGCCUCUCCUGGACCCUGGGUUCCCAAGCCUCCUAGAGCCGGGUUAUUCCUCCGGCAGCUUCUCCCCCAAACUCUUCCUACCAUGUGGUCCUGUCCCUUACCCUAUGUCUGUGUCUUCCCAGGGCCUUCUCUUGACCAAGGGACUCUCCUCUGCUCACCUCUCUGGAUGUCCCCCAUUCUCUCCAUUGCCUGUUAAUCCAGGCUCCCACCCUCACCAGGUCUCUGCCCCAUGCCCUGCCCUUGGCAUCUUACCCAGGUCAUGGAGAGAGCCCCUUCCCCAUCACUGUCCUGUGCUCCUCCCCAGGCUGUUUGGGAGGGAAGGCACCUGGAACACUGGGCAUGAUCCCCAGCUCUACCCUCUGCCCUGCCAAGCUCCCUGCCCCAAUGAUGCUGAACUACAGCCUUGGGGCGGGCAGCCUCUUUGGCCAGACACUGCCCAGGCACUUCCUGGUGAGGGGAAGGGGACCCUAUCAUCCUGCUUUAUUUAUUUGGGUCCCCAUACCCCUCAGCCGCAUGCCUCUUAUGUCCCCCUUCUCUCUUUUGCAUGCUUUACCUGCCCCACACCCAUGCACCCAUGCCAACGUGCCAAGUCUCCCUUGGGACCCCAGCUGAGGUUGCGUGUCCCCGGUGGGUUGGGCCAGGCAAGGCCUCUGGUGCCAGCAGCUGCCCCCCUGUGGUGGGCACUGCUAGGCCUGUGCCAAGCAACAGCUAUUACUUUCAUGGUUUAUAAACAAUAAACUGUGAUGGCAGGCACAUCUCUGCCUUCCCUGAGCCUGA